UAAGGCGGAGUCGGCGCGUUCUGGCAGCACUGGAGCCCAGCCGCAGAGACAGGCUGGACUGGCACCCACGACUCCCCCGCCCUGCUAUGGUGGUCCAUCAGUAGCAGGGUCCAGGCUCCCCCGGGGCAUGUGGGCAGAACUAACGGCAGCUAGGUGCUCAGAGCCACAAGAGGCCUAGGGCACUCUGGGGCAGCUCUGCCUGCUGCGCUCUCUGGCGACUGGAGAUGCCCAACUGACAGGAGAGCUAGUGAGAACGAAACGCUCCCUUUUGGCCCACGCCCGCUACACUCAUGGCGCUGCCAGCCAGCCUGCUGCCCCUGUGCUGCUUGGCACUUUUGGCACUGCCUGCCCAGAGCUGCGGGCCGGGCCGCGGACCGGUUGGCAGGCGCCGCUACGUGCGCAAACAGCUUGUGCCGCUGCUCUACAAGCAAUUUGUGCCCAGCGUGCCCGAGCGGACCCUGGGCGCCAGUGGGCCGGCGGAGGGGAGGGUGACACGGAACUCCGAGCGUUUUCGGGACCUUGUGCCCAACUACAACCCUGACAUCAUCUUCAAAGAUGAAGAGAACAGUGGUGCUGACCGCCUGAUGACCGAGCGUUGCAAGGAGCGGGUGAACGCGCUGGCCAUUGCGGUGAUGAACAUGUGGCCUGGAGUGCGCCUACGGGUGACCGAGGGCUGGGAUGAAGACGGCCACCACGUUCAGGACUCACUCCACUACGAAGGCCGUGCCUUGGACAUCACCACGUCUGACCGCGACCGAAAUAAAUAUGGUUUGCUGGCGCGCCUGGCAGUGGAAGCUGGCUUCGAUUGGGUCUACUAUGAGUCCCGCAACCACGUCCACGUGUCCGUCAAAGCUGAUAACUCACUGGCAGUCCGGGCAGGCGGCUGCUUUCCGGGAAAUGCCACCGUGCGCCUGCGGAGUGGCGAGCGGAAAGGGCUUCGGGAACUGCAUCGCGGUGACUGGGUGCUGGCGGCAGAUGCGGCAGGCCGGGUGGUGCCCACACCGGUGCUGCUCUUCCUGGACCGAGACUUGCAGCGCCGAGCCUCGUUCGUGGCUGUAGAGACAGAGCGGCCUCCUAGAAAACUGUUGCUCACACCCUGGCACCUGGUGUUUGCCGCUCGAGGGCCAGCGCCCGCUCCAGGCGACUUUGCACCAGUGUUCGCGCGCCGGUUACGCGCUGGAGACUCAGUGCUGGCGCCGGGUGGGGACGCGCUUCGGCCGGCGCGCGUAGCCCGGGUGGCGCGGGAGGAAGCCGUGGGCGUGUUCGCGCCGCUCACCGCUCACGGGACGCUGCUGGUCAACGAUGUCCUGGCCUCGUGCUACGCGGUUUUAGAGAGUCACCAGUGGGCGCACCGCGCUUUUGCUCCUUUGCGCCUGCUGCAUGCUCUGGGAGGGCUGCUCCCCGGCGGUGCAGUCCAGCCGACUGGCAUGCAUUGGUACUCUCGCCUUCUCUAUCGCUUGGCGGAGGAGCUAAUGGGCUGAGUGCCCAGGCGUAGAAACCUCGAGGCGCUCAACGAAACUGGGCUGUGCUGGCUAAGCUCUAGGGAUAUGGGCAGCAGGUUUCGCUGAUUGGGAGGGGGGAGGGAAAGAGAGAAAAAGGGCUUUAUGGGAACUGCCUGGUUUAGGGGCAACUCUCAACCGAGAGGAGGUUGAUCCCCGGUCCUUGGUAGGUAGGGCUGAUUGUGGACACUCCUUAAUGAGGACUGUUUAGCCUCUUCUUCCCCAGUGCCUCAGCCCUACCCAAUAAUUUUAUUUUAUUUUCUAUUUAUAAAUUGUAAUAUAAUGAUCUGCUUACCCAGCAGAGCAAGGUGAGGGGCUGCGGUACAGCAUAACACUGUCUGACACAGUCAGCCAAUCCUCUCACAUUUUUUUGCAGGUGGGCUAAUAAAAGGAAGGCUUCCAGGAGAUUAUUG